AUGGCCAAAUUAGUCCACAAUGUACAAAAAAAGCAGCAUAGGGAGAGAUCCCAAAAGUCAAGCAGGGCUAAAUAUGGCUUGCUUGAAAAGAAGAAGGACUAUAGGCUAAGAGCUGCAGAUUAUCACAAGAAACAAGCCGCACUCAAGGCAUUGAAGGAGAAGGCCAAGUCACAUAACCCAGACGAAUACUACCAUGCUAUGACGAAGAAAAAGACCGAUGAUAGAGGUAUUCUCAUAUCUGAUAGAGAUAAUGAAGUCUUGAGCGUUGAUCAAGCCAAGUUGCUAAAAACACAGGAUAUCAACUACAUACGAACAAUGCGUUUACAUGAGUCAAACAAAAUCAAACGUCUUCAAAAUGAAAAGCUUUUCGAAGGGUCUGGUAAACAUACUGUUUUUGUUGACUCGGCCAAGAGUCAGGAGUCAUUCAGGCCAGAGGAGUACUUCAACACCGACGAAUCUUUGGUUGAAAAUAGACAAAAUAGACUUCGAUUAAAUCAAUUACAAUCGAACUCAGGCCUAGUAAACGCUCUGAACUUUGACAUAGAUGCAAAGGAUAAAUUAGAUGAGAAGAAACUCAAGCUGUUUCAACAACUCCAGAGGUCGAUUGCAAAAGAGAGAGAAUUACGUCAGGUGGAAGAUAUAAUGAGCAGGAAUAUGGAGAAGAUGAAGAAAGGGGACAAGAAGAAAAUGGUUGAUGCAAACGGUAAAACCUAUUUUAAAUGGAAAAUGCAAAGAAAAAGGUAA